CAGUUCUUUUCCUGCGGAGCUUUUUCCAUGGCGGUGGACGCGAUCCUGCCUCCGUGCUGUUUAUGACGAGCGGAGCCGAGCGAGCGGCGCUUACACGACGGGAGCGCAGAUUUCGGGGCCGGAGCGGCGCAGCGUUCGGGUCGGCGGCGGCGGCGGUUCGGGGGGAAACGUUCCGCAUGGUCUUACUGCUUCUCUCCGGAUCUCGGUGACUGGUCCGCUGCCACAAAGUCGGGAGAGCUCGAAGGAGUCGGAGUCGCGUCGCUGCAGCAGAACUUUAUCCGGUUCGGGAGGAGAACUUGGACAGAAUGCGCUCGCUGAUCCGAGCCGCGGUGUUGCUGGGCUGCCUGGCUGCGUGCAGCCGCGGGGCUAUGGACGAAUGCGCCGACGAGCAGAACCGAGCCCAGCGCUGCAUGCCCGAGUUCGUCAACGCCGCCUUCAACGUUACGGUGGUGGCCACCAAUACGUGCGGGUCCCCCCCGGAGGAGUACUGCGUCCAGACCGGGGCCACCGGGGUCACCAAGUCCUGCCACAUCUGCGACGCCCGGGACCCCCGGCAGCACCACAGCGCCGUGUACCUGACCGACUACAACAACCAGCAGGACACCACAUGGUGGCAAAGCCAGACGAUGUUAGCGGGCAUCCAGUUCCCCAACUCCAUCAACCUCACCCUGCACCUGGGCAAGGCCUUCGACAUCACGUAUGUUCGCCUCAAGUUCCACACCAGCCGCCCAGAGAGCUUUGCCAUCUACAAGCGCACCAGGGAGGAUGGACCCUGGGUGCCCUACCAGUACUACAGCGGUUCCUGUGAGAAGACCUACCAGAAGACCAGCCGGGGCUACAUCCGGACUGGCGAGGACGAACAGCAGGCUCUCUGCACAGACGACUUCAGCGACAUCUCCCCCCUUACCGGGGGCAACGUGGCCUUCUCCACCCUAGAGGGUCGUCCCAGUGGUUACAACUUUGACCACAGCCCCGUGCUGCAGGAAUGGGUGACGGCCACCGACAUCAGAGUGACCCUGAACAGGCUCAACACAUUCGGAGAUGAGGUCUUCAACGACCCGAAGGUCCUCAAGUCCUACUACUAUGCCAUCUCAGACUUUGCUGUGGGAGGAAGGCCGUGUUCCUGUAAUCCAUCUGGAAGCACGCAGGAAUGUGACGUCCAGACCGGGAAGUGUCAGUGUAAAGACAACGUGGAGGGUUUCAGCUGUGACAGGUGUAAGUUGGGUUUCUUCAACCUGGAUCCCCAGAACCCGCAGGGCUGCACGCCCUGCUUCUGUUUCCAGCACUCCUCUGUGUGUGACAGUGCUGAGGGCUACAGCGUCCACACCAUCACCUCCACCUUCGACAGAGGUGAUGAGCAGUGGGGGGGGCAGCAGCGUGACGGUUCCAGUGUGGGGGUUCAGUGGUCCCCCAGUGGCAGGGAGGUCUCCCUCAUCUCUGAAGACUAUUUCCCCAUGUACUUCAUAGCACCAGAGAAGUUUCUGGGGAACCAGCUGCUCAGCUACGCACAGAACCUGAGCCUGACCUUCCGGGUAGACCGGCGGGACACGCGUCUCUCCGCCGAGGACCUGGUCCUGGAGGGUGCCAACCUGAGAGCGGCGGUUCCUCUCAUCGCCCAGGGCAACGCCUACCCCAGCGAGAACAUGCAGACCUACGUCUUCAGGCUGCAUGACAGUACAGACUACCCGUGGAGACCCCGCCUCAGCCACUCCGAGUUCCAAAAACUCCUCCACAAUCUGACCGCCAUCAAGAUCCGUGGCACCUACAGCGAGAGAAGUGCCGGUUACCUUGACGAUGUCUCCCUGGUGACCGCGCGGCGAGGCUCUGGCGUUCCAGCCCGCUGGGUGGAGCAUUGCAACUGCCCGCAGGGUUACGUGGGACAGCACUGUGAGCAGUGCGCCCUGGGAUACCGCCGUGCACGCCAGGAGCUCGGCCCCUUCAGCUCCUGUGAACCCUGCCACUGUAACGGACACAGCGACUCCUGCAACCCCACCUCCGGUGCCUGUGAGUGCCAGCACAACACUGCCGGCUUGAGCUGUGAGAGGUGUAAGGACGGUUACUACGGUGACUCCACCCAGGGCACCACUCAAGACUGUAAGCCCUGCCCCUGCCCAGGUGUCGCCACCUGUGCUGUGGUCCCCAAGACCAAGGAGGUGGUCUGCACCAACUGCCCUGUUGGAACCACAGGUAAACGCUGUGAGCUGUGUGACGAUGGGUUCUUUGGCGACCCACUGGGUCAGAAUGGUCCGGUUCGCUCCUGCCAUGCCUGCAAGUGCAGUGACAACAUUGACCCCAAUGCUGUGGGUAACUGCGACCGCGAGACUGGAGAGUGUCUGAAAUGCAUCUACAACACUGCUGGCUUCUUCUGCGACCGAUGCAAGGCGGGUUUCUAUGGCAACGCCCUCACAACCAACCCAGCCGACAAAUGCAAAGCAUGCUCCUGCUCUCCCCUGGGCACUGUGGACCAGCAGACUAGCUGUGCCCAGGUCACCGGGCAGUGCCAGUGUUUGCCCUACGUCACCAACCGGGACUGUAGCGCCUGUGAGCCGGGCUUCUACAACAUCCAGAGCAGGCAGGGUUGUGAACGGUGUGACUGCAAUCCUAUUGGCUCCACCAACGGCCAGUGUGACAUCACCAGCGGGCAGUGUGAGUGCCAGCCCGGUGUUACUGGUCAGCAUUGUGAACGCUGUGAGGUCAACUUCUUUGGCUUUGGAUCUUCAGGCUGCAAACCCUGUGACUGUGACCCGGAGGGUUCGCAGACAGCUCAGUGUAAAGAGGAUGGCCGCUGUGAGUGCCGGCCGGGUUUUGUCGGGGCUCGGUGUGACAUGUGUGAGGAGAACUACUUCUACAACCGCUCCACACCUGGCUGUCAGCAGUGUCCUUCCUGUUACAGCCUGGUUAGAGACAAGGUGAACCAGCAGAGGCAGAAGCUUCAUGACCUGCAGACACUGAUUGAUAAUCUGGGAUCAAGCCAGGAGACAGUCAGCGACAAGGCCUUUGAGGACCGCCUGAAGGAAGCUGAGAAAGCCAUCAUGGACCUGCUGGAGGAAGCGCAGACCAGCAAAGACGUAGACAGAGGUCUGUUAGACCGCCUGGCCAACAUCAACAACACCCUGACUACCCAGUGGAAUCGCCUUCUAAACAUCCGCAGCACCGUGGACGACACUGGUGCCCAGGCAGACCGGGCCCGAACCCGUGUCCGUGACGCUGAGAGUCUGAUUGACCGCGCUCGCCAGGAGCUGGACAAGGCCAAGGAGGCCAUCAGUAAAGUGGACAUCAAAACUCCCAGCGGCUCUGGAGAGCCAAACAACAUGACUCUCCUGGCAGAGGAGGCUCGUAACCUGGCUGACAAGCACAAGAUGGACGCUGACCAAAUUGAGAAGAUCGCCAGGGAUGCCAAUGACACAUCCACCAAGGCCUUCAACCUGCUGAUGAAGACUCUGGACGGGGAGAGCAAGACCAGCCAGGAGAUCGAUGAGCUCAACAGGAAGUACAAUGACGCCAAGGAGCUGGCAAAGACGCUGGAGAAACAGGCCAACAAGGUGCACAGCGAGGCCGAGGAGGCUGGAGACAAAGCCCUGAAGAUCUUUGCCAACCUUACCAGCCUCCCACCAUUUGACACCAAGGCCCUGGAGGAGGACGCCGGUAAGAUCAAGAAGGAGGCAUCAGACUUGGAUAAACUGAUCGACAAAACGGAGAAGGAAUACAAUGACCUGCGGGAUGACCUUAAGGCCAAAGAGCAGGAGGUCCGCAAACUCCUAGACAAGGGCAAGACCGAGCAGCAGACUGCAGACCAGCUGCUGGCGCGGGCCGAUGCUGCCAAGGCCCUGGCAGAGGAAGCAACCAAGAAGGGCCGUUCCACCUACCAGGAGGCCCAGGAUAUCCUGACCAGCCUCAGAGACUUCGAUAAGCGAGUGAAUGAUAACAAGACAGCGGCAGAGGACGCCAUGAAGAAGAUCCCCGUUAUCAAUGCCACCAUCAUGGCCGCCAACGAGAAGACACGGCAGGCAGAGGCGGCUCUGGGUAACGCGGCGGCAGAUGCCCGACAGGCCAAGGCCAAGGCUGAAGAGGCAGAGAGGAUCGCCAGCGCUGUGCAGAAGGGCUCAGCUAAGACCAAGGAGGAUGCUGAGAAGGCCUUCCAGGAUACCAACCAGCUGGAUGACGAAGUCAAUGACAUGAUGGACCAGCUCAGUGCCGCCGAGCGGGAACUGGCCCGCAAGAAGGCAGAGGCUGACCAGGACAUGAUGAUGGCUGCUAUGGCAUCAGAUAAUGCUAAGGAAGCAGAGGACAACGCUCGCAAGGCCAAAAGCGCUGUAAAGACGGUCCUGAGUACCAUCACAGCCCUGCUGGAGCAGCUGGGAAACAUUGACAAGGUGGACCUGAGCAAGCUGAACCACAUUGGCGAGUCGCUGAAACAGGCCAAGGACAAGAUGGCCGACAGUAACCUGGACAGGAAGCUGACGGAGCUGAAUGACGUGGCACGCAGCCAGGAGGACAUGAUCAACGACUACGACCGACAGAUCCGUGAGAUCCGUGCCGACAUCGCCAACCUCAACGACAUCAAGAAAACGUUACCCGACGGCUGCUUCAACACGCCGUCACUAGAGCGGCCUUAACCCCCGACCCCUCCUCCGAACUACUCCUCCAUCAUGAACACUCCUCUGCAACACACCUCCUUAUUACCAAAACACAUUUCGAAAAACAUCUUUGCUAUUUUUGUUUUGUUUUGUUUUUUUUGUUGUUUGCGGUUUUUGUUUUGUUUUCUUUACAAGAGAGAAGCAGAGUUCAGACCAGCUUCCUGGUUGUUCGGGUCAGGGAAGCCCCGUCGGUCUGUCGACGUGCGGUACGACGGUGAGGUGGACCAGACUGACGGGUGUCGUCAAACCGCACUACCGGCAAUCUCGGGCCACAGCGUGGCCCAGAGAGGUACACAACCUCCAGGCUCAGCAGAACCAGAACCAGAACCCAACACGACUGCACCCCCCCCCUUCUUCAACCCCAAAACCACACCGAAACUUCCUCAAAACUCUAUGGAAGGUCUGCUCGUUCUUGAAUGUUUCUAUGUGAUAUGAUAUCUAACCCAUUAUCUACCCAUCAUGCCUUUGGACACGUCUAAGCUCGGUGGUGUCUGUCAUCUCUUUAUUCGUGUUUUCUGUUCUCCUGCCUUCAGUGUUUCUAACCACCCGUUUUCACAAACCACGCAGUGAAGGAAUCCUCGUUCUACGUUUACUGUUCCCAUUCUCUCCGUCUCUCUCUCCCUCCCUCUCUAUGUCCCCCCCUCUCUCCACCCAACACCACAGACAGUGGAGGAGAAGUCCUCCCUCUCUCCAGCAGUAUUGUAAUAUGACAGCUUCUUUCUUUUCUUCGCGGCGCCUGCUGGUGUCUCGGAGCAUCAGCCCAGUCAGGUCUGGUGUCACGUACGUCUUUUAAAACCCUACAAAGAUCUGUGGUUGUUUUUUUGUUUUUGUGUUAUUUUUCUGAAGCUGCUUCUCACAGUUUCUACUGCCCGUUAACCGGCUGAAUCAACACUAUGCAACUUUGUACAUUUAGCGUAGGGAGACUAUUUUAUCUGAUACACUGGUGCUAAUAAUUAUUUUCAAAUGUUCUAUUUUUGUGUGAAUGUUUUUUAUUAUGACAUAGAGUGAGGAAUUUGUUCUUUGUGUAAAUAUAUUAUGCUUAAAUGAUUCAGGACUGGCUGAUUUUACCCCCCACAAAAAAGAAAAAGCGCCCCUGUCCCCAAACAGCCACAAAGGUUCAAUCAUAAAACAAUCGAGUGAAACCUCCAGAUAAUAGAAAUAUAUGAGUAUCUUUAACGUCUGUGGUAAUAGUAUUUGGCGCUUGCUCGUGUACAUGGCUCAGUGUUGCCGCCUCGUCGCUGUGCCGCCGUCUCACUCCUGUUGAUUCACUGGCUGCUUACCCGCUCAUCCACAGUGUUGUCCUUUUUCUCUCGUUUUUCUUUUGUUUUGAUUUUUGACCUUUGACCUCUUUACUGACCAGGACUUGCUGUAAAGCAUGGCAUCCUGAGAACCCCCCCAUCCACACACACACACACACAUAUAUCUAUAUGUGUGUGUGUACACACCCCCUCUAUGCACCUAAUGAUUCAUAUUACUGAAUUUAUACGCUCGCUCUCAAGUUGCUAGUUAACCGUUUUUAAUUAGUGUUUUUGUGCCUUAAAACCGCGUCACGUCGUCCUGACGUGCGCACCACGUUUACCGCGCACGUGUCGUCCGUCUCAUCGCCCUCACUCUGCCAGACUCCGUAUAGAAGCAGGGGCUUUGCUCAGGUCCGAGACAAGCAGCAUCACUUCCUGUACAAAGAGGACAGAACAGGAAACGGUCAUCCAGUCCUGCACAGGCUGGUCACGUCUGUCAGGCUGCAGCUCCCACAGGUUUGUUGUUUGGGGAGAAAGCAGCUGAAAAGCUCUUUAAUGUGCCGCUCGCUGUGGUCGGGCAGGGUCUCAUCUGUCAUCCUGCACAGUGUCCUUCGUGUGGAGCUCUUCACGUGGAGCUCCUCACGUGGAGCUGCUCUUCAUGUGGAGCUCUUCAAAUGGAGCGGCUCUUCAUAUAAAGCUGCUCUUCAGGUGGAGCUGCUCUUCAUGUAGGUUAAUGUUCCAGGUGAUGUUGGAAAGCAAGAACUCCCCAGCUGACCAUCUCUGAUCUAUUUUACUGUCCGCCUUCAAACCAGACUACAAGUCCACUGACGGUGGUUCAGCACAUACACACACACAUACACACCAUGUAUAAAACAGUGUUUUAAGUUAUGAUGUAUCAGUUAUUUGUAUUAUAACCCAUGUUAUGUUAGAUAAUCAUGUGUGCUGCGCUGUCUGUCAGAAGUGUCUUGUUUUUACUCUUCACAUCAUCAAGGCAAGUUGAUGUUUCCACUUCCUGUGAGGACCUGAAAGAGCCCUGCUUGUUGCCAUCUGCCUGUAAAUCAAUUUAUAACAUUUCAAUAAUAAAACUUAUUACAGGA